AUGCCCACUGUCAGCAAGAGAGAAGUUAUGGAUAUCUGUGGGAACAAGAGGAGAAAGGUAAGCGGCGGUGUGCGGGGCUGCAGGCGCAGCGGGGCCGGGAAGAUGAGGCGUGGGGCUUGCAAGGUCCUCCGCUCCCUCGCGGUGCACGACAACAACCAUACGAAGGACGAGGAAGAGGACGACGACUGCUUCUCCAUCAGCUUCCUCCGGAGCGACCGGCUGGACCCCGCCGCGGCGCUGUCGCCCCGGUACAAGCUGGCCCUGGCCGAGUUCUGGGCCCUGACGAGCCUGGAGAACCGACACCAGAAUGUGGUGCAGCUGGAGGAGUGCGUCCUGCAGCGGAACGGUCUGGCCCAGAAGAUGAGCCACGGAAACAAGAGGUCCAAACAGUACCUGCGCCUGGUGGAGACCUCCCUCAAAGGCGAGCGCAUCCUGGGUUACCCAGAGGAGCCGUGCUACCUCUGGUUCAUCAUGGAGUUUUGUGAGGGUGGAGACCUCAACCGGUACGUCUUGUCCCGCCGGCCUGACCCCCAGACCAACAGGAGCUUUAUGCGUCAGUUGACGAGUGCAGUAGCUUUCCUACACAAGAACAACAUAGUCCAUCGCGAUCUGAAGCCAGACAACAUCCUCAUCACACAGAGGUCUGGAUCCCCUGUCCUCAAAGUGGCUGACUUUGGCCUCAGUAAAGUCUGUGCUGGCCUCAACUCCAAGACCAGUGAAGAACACCCUGCGGCGAGAGCGGAUGGCAGAGGCAGUGACCAGAAUGACUUUGUCAACAUAAACACAUUCUGGCUGUCGUCAGCUUGCGGCUCAGACUUCUACAUGGCCCCUGAGGUGUGGGAGGGCCACUACACAGCCAAGGCUGAUAUAUUCGCCCUGGGCAUCAUUAUCUGGGCAAUGAUUGAGCGGAUCACCUUCAUCGACGCAGAGUCUAAGCGUGAACUGCUGGGUACCUACAUCCGGCAGGGCACAGAGAUCAUGCCUGUUGGGGAGGCUCUGUUGGAGAACCCCAAGAUGGUCCUCCACAUCCCUCAGAAGGCCAGGAGCUCCAUGUCGGAGGGGGUGAAGAAACUACUCCUGGACAUGCUCGCAGUCAACCCUCAGGACCGACCAGACGCGUCCCAGCUGGAGAUGCGGGUGGACCAAGUCACGUGCGCUGCGUGACAGUGCCCACCUUUCCAAAAUCUCUCCUUUUUACCCUAACCAUUGGAAGAAGGGAGCUCCUCCCUUUCUAGCUUUGUUUACUCUGUAGACGUGGACUCCAGUGGGAAAGGGGACCCUGACAAAUUGAACUGAAGAAUCCCAGUUUGAGUGGGAGGUGAUGGACUGGCUGGUGAUUCCAAAACUGUGGCCCAGGAACGGACAGAAUGCAGCCCAGACCCCAGCAGUGCACCCCAGCAGCAUCCAGUUCCAGUCUGGUGACACUCGUUCCCAGUAUCCCCAGGAUAGGUCUGCUCUUUAACACAUGCAGUGUUCUGUGCUGUAUCAGUGUUCUCCGGUCGAGACAUGGGCUAGCCAACAUUUUACUGUUGAUAGUAUGAGGACUCCUACAGAUUGCACUACACCACCCCACCCCACACAACCUCAUGCCUUAAAGACCUUUAAAUAAAUGAGUCGGUGUGUUAUGGUGGAGGCUGACACACCCAGACAAACUGAUCACUGUGGGAGCAUUUUAAGCAAAAUCCCAGGCUGCAACGAUGUCAAGACAGAGUGUAAAGCUGAAACUAAAACCAAGAUACUGUCAUCGAAGAUUUAGCAUCAGUGGCACAUGAACACCUGUGAAUAUUAACAGUUAUGUCGAUUUGAAGGUGGACUACAACUUGAUUCACAAUUCAGAGGCAGCAGGUGUGUAUCAGCUCCAUAUGGUGCUGUUGCAGUUGUGAUCAGUCAGUGUCCAGGAGGGAAUUCAUACUGGUUUUACUGGGCAUUCUUUUCUGAUGAAUCUGUCUGUUAACAUGUUUGCUAAGCUACAGUGUGACCAAGAGGGAAAGGUGAUAAUGUGGGGUCUGUGAGGGACUGGUCACAAACUGAAGUAACACACUGAAUUCAACACGGAAAGUCAUUAGGAGACACUGGGUGUUGCUCUGUGCUCUACUGGCCCAGUUUUAAGGUUUCUGAUGGGAUCAGCCUGACAUCUGAGCAGUUUGGAGCCACAUGAGGCUGAAUUCAUCUGAGGACUCGCACAGGAAGCUUGAAGAUUUGUCAUCUGGGAAUAAUCUCAGAGAGCAGCUCCUUCCUUCCUCUCUUUAUUAAAGUGCUUCAAACUGUUUGCUGUGGCAGAUCAGACUGCCUAGAGCGCAGUCAGGCAGAGGGCGGUGGUUUGAUUCGUGAAACCAAUCACUACAAGGGAACCCUGGUCUUAAAAAUAUUGAACCACAAGCCACAUGAACAGGUGAGAUGGUACUUGAAGCAACAAAAGCAAACGGGGGCAGCUGAAGCACAGAGGACGGUGGUGAGCCUGAACAGGGUUGGUAUAAAACUUGCACCUUCCAGCACAUACUGUGCCAGAGAGGUGGGUUCUUAUCGCUGUGUAGCAACUGUGUCACGUUUUCUAGUUUGGUCCUACCUCAUUCUUAGCACUCGGUAAUGUCCGACCUACCUUAACGGUCUCAUUACUGUCUUUCUGGAACACAACAGAUGUUUACCUCAGACUCUUCAGUCCUGGACCUCCUGUGACAGACUUCUCUGUGUUUGGCUUAGCUACAGCUACCACCUAGUUCUUCCU